UAUCCAACACAUCCAACAAGGCCCACGCAUCACUCACUAAAACCAUCCACUAUCAAAAUUGAAAUUCAGUUGCAAGCAGAUAGAAAAAAUGGCGGUCUCGACGCUAACUCCAGCCAUUGUGACACCAAAUCCCAAUUACCAAGCCUUCAGACCCAAACCCACAUCUGCUACCUUCAGAGUAACUGCAUUAGCAUCGUCAAAUUCACUGAAUUCAACCACUCUUAUCAGCAAGAAGCAGAUAUGCCAAGUGGGGUUGGGACUUUUAGCUGCUUCAGUUGUGAGUUCAACACCAUUGGAUGCAAAUGCAACCAGAAUUGAGUACUAUGCCACCACAGCUGAUCCCCCUUGUGAGUUCAGUUAUGCUCGCUCAGGUCUUGGUUAUUGUGAUAUUGCCGUUGGUUCUGGCCCUGAGGCCCCUCGUGGUGAACUUAUCAAUGUUCACUACACUGCAAGGUUUGAUGGUGGGAUAGUUUUUGAUAGUAGCUACAAACGUGGUAGACCCCUAACUAUGCGCAUUGGUGUGGGCAAGGUAAUAAAGGGAUUGGAUCAAGGAAUCUUGGGAGGUGAAGGAGUCCCUCCAAUGCAAGUUGGUGGAAAACGCAAGCUUCAAAUUCCUCCACGAUUGGCAUAUGGACCAGAACCAGCUGGCUGCUUCUCAGGGGAUUGCAACAUACCUGGAAAUGCAACACUUAUAUAUGACGUAAAGUUUGUUGAUAUCUACAAGGGAAAUAGAAAAUGAACGUUAUCUAAAAGCAGCAAGUUACUCCAAAUCUUCUGGAGGAGCCUUGAAGUAAUGGUAUGUUUACCCAGUUAUGAGUUCAAAGGUGAAAAGUUCUACAUGUAAUAUGGUCGCUCUUGAAAAGAACUUUUUCAUCUUCCUUCUUGAGUCACUACACUUGCAGGCGCUUUGUGCAGGAGUUUUCCCUAUCUGCACUCCGAAAAGGGUUACUGUCUUGAUCGAAUGAUCGUGAUACGAUUGGACAAGUUUGGGAUAUUCUUUAGUACUGUCAAAUGGCAAGAUUCUGGCUGUAUGCUGUGGUAUGGCAAUCUUGGAGGUUCAGGCAGCAAGGUCCAGAAAUCACGAAUAGAUAAAGCAAUUAGCUAGUACUUUAACUUGUAUAACGCCUGAUAUUUGUUAAAAAAGAAAGCAGAAUCAUGAAAAUUUCCUUGGUGGAACAGACUCCUAUUAUAGUUUCUGUGGUAAAUGAAGUUUCUAUGAUCAUGAACCAGUAUACUAUUCUCAAACCCCUGGAAGGGCAAA